UCCUCAUCCAACUUACUCCCAUGCACUGCAUCUAGACCCUUAGCUUAGAUGUGAACAGGCGUGUACUAACCACCCAGCAGCAAACAUGGCUUCGACAAAAUCACCCCCCACUUCCCUGUUCCAGGUGUACCUUCGCCUGCGGCCUCCGAUGUCCCAGCACGAAGAGGAACAAGCCGAGCGUUGUUUGACCAUCGAAUCCCCAGAGCAGGUAUACACCACCGAAAACAACCACCAAGAUGCCCCGCCUACGCAUAUCACGUUACAGCCUCCCAGCGACUCCCGGAAGCGCGCCGUUGAGAAGUUCGGGUUUACACAAGUCUUCGACGACUCCGCGUCGCAGCUGGGCGUCUUCGAGGGCACGGGACUGGAGAGUUUGAUAAAGGGUGUGUUGUCAGAAGGACGCGAUGGCUUGGUCGCGACACUGGGCGUCACAGGGAGUGGAAAGAGUCAUACCAUCCUGGGCUCCAAGACGCAGCGAGGUAUCACCCAGAUGAGCUUGGAUGUGAUCUUCCGGUCCCUCGCUUCGACGAUCAGACCCCUCGACAACUUUAUCAGCCCCCUUCUCUUGUCCUCUGUUGCCGCCGCCGAUGCUUCCGAAGCCCAGAUCUUUAGUGCGCAGACGUUCCUCGAAGCUGUAUACGGUGAAUCGCUCGAUCGUGGCAGGAGUCCGAGAGCCCAGACCCCGAUGAGUGCCGGAAGAGCGCAGACUCCCAUGGCGGAACCCAUGCCGGCGCUCAUCUUUCCCCGUCGUCAAAUGCCCUUGCGCGCUGGCGCCCUUCCCCGAUCGCCCGACGUGAGCCAUCUUACGAUGGAGCUGAACCCACACUCGGAAUACGUCGUUCUAGUCUCGAUGUAUGAAGUGUACAACGACCGUAUUUUUGACCUUCUUUCACCCGCCAUCGUCCCUGGCCAAGGAAGCACAAUGACUCGCCCGGGAGGUGGGCAGAAGGACCGUCGCAGACCGCUGUUCUUCAAGUCGACGGAGGGAUCGCCUGACAGGAAGGUCGUCGCGGGACUGCGCAAGAUCGCAUGCUGCACUUACGAAGAAGCUUUGUCGGUUUUGGAGGUUGGACUUACUGAGCGAAAGGUUGCAGGCACCGGUGCCAAUAGCGUCAGUUCCCGCAGCCAUGGGUUCUUCUGUCUGGAGGUCAAAAGAAGAAUGCGCAACAAGAGAACCGGCGAAGAGACAUGGAUGGGAAACACGCUCACAGUGGCAGAUCUAGCCGGAUCCGAGCGCGCGAGAACUGCAAAGACGGCAGGAUCUACACUUGCGGAAGCAGGCAAGAUUAACGAGAGCUUGAUGUAUCUCGGACAAUGUCUACAGAUGCAAAGCGAUAUCCAGGAAGGCAACAAGGCGGCUAUGGUCCCAUUUAGGCAGUGCAAGCUCACAGAGCUACUCUUUUCGAACUCUUUUCCGUCGCCUGGUCAAGCUUUUGGCCAAUUCCGCCACCCUCAGAAAGCCAUCAUGAUUGUCACGGCGAACCCAUGGGGAGACUACAACGCAACCUCGCAGAUACUGCGCUACUCCGCGUUGGCACGCGAAGUUGCUGUGCCCCGAGCCCCCUCGGCCACUGAAUCCAUCUUGUCCAGCACUCUUGAAUCUCGCCAUGGGUCUAUUGGUGGACGUGAGUCGACAAGCUCAGUCGCUGCCGAAGAAUUGGAGAAGGCAGCCGCUGAGAUCGAGCGACUCCGAGCUGAGAAUGAGAACCUCUCAGGGAGACUCGCGGACGAAGAGAUCGUGAGAACAGACUUGGCCAUGAGAUUGAAAGCGAGCGAAGAGAUGUGUCUCACCAUCGAACAAGACGUGCGUGAGGAAUGUUGGAACGAGAUGGACGAGAGGAUGGAAGAAGAGAGACGCCGGUGGCAGAGCGCUUGGGACGAGCAGACGGGCCAUAACGAAGAGCACUUGGAUAAGAAGCUUGAGUUGUUUUCUCGGGGCUUCCAGAUCUACGAAGACCCCAACACCACCAGCAAUGAGCGCAUGGAGGAGCUCGAGUUUGAGAACGAGCAGCUGCGCAAGAAGGUCGCCGCGCUGGAACGCGAGCUCACCUGCCGAUCGCCCACCAAGAAGACCAGAGCCAAGACUACCACGACCACCACGACGCUUGAACCCUCCCGCAACUCUAACAUCCUAGGCCGGGAGAGCGACAUCGAGAAUGCCUUGAAGCGCAUGGACCAGCUGAAACUGGCCGACAGCAUGUUCUCGCCGGCCACGCAGCAGCUUUCCUCGCCCGGCAAGAAACAUCGCAAGAUGGCCACCAGGAAAUGGGACUUGGCUCCGGAGGAGGAUAUUUACUAAGGCUGCUUCUGGGGAUGAGCUUCCUCUCUCCCGUCCGUGAUAAACACUGGUGAAUAUCUGAACGAUUGACCCUUUGGUGGGAUUUCUUGUUUCUUUUUUUUUUGUUUGGGGGUGAAUUAGUUUUCCUGCUUGUGGUUUAUGAUAUCCGUCUGGACUGUUGGCGUUUGUGGGAAAAUUACUGGAACUUUGAUCCGUGUUGCUCUUCAUGUUGAUAAUAAUUUUAUGGUACAGUCCAAAG